GGUAGCAUAGGACAACUAUAAAUCAGCCAAUCUCACUAGGAAGAUUACUACUAACAUAGUGCAUCACAAGAUUACUAGAAUAGGAGUGCUUUAUUUCUAGUUUUUAUCAUUGCUUCACAAGAAUAAUGUGUAUAGCUUUGUUUCUAUGGCAAGCCCACCCACUCUACCCUUUUCUUCUCUUCAACAACAGAGAUGAGUAUCACAACAGGCCUACGAAGGAAGUGUCAUGGUGGGAAGGAAGUGAUAUAUUGGGAGGGAGGGAUGAGAUAGCAGGAGGAACAUGGAUGGGUUGUUCAAGAGAAGGAAGGAUUGCUUUUCUUACAAAUGUUUUGGAGCUUCAUACCCUUCCUGAGGCCAAAUCCCGGGGUGACUUACCCCUCUUAUUUCUCAAGAGCAACAAAAGUCCCAAAGAAUUUGCAGAAAGCCUAAAAAGAGAAGCUCAUUAUUACAAUGGUUUCAACUUAAUUGUGAUCGAUAUUAAGUCAAAAUCCAUGGUAUACAUCUCCAACAGGCCCAAAGGACAACCUAUUACCAUUGAAGAGGUUUCUCCAGGACUCCAUGUGCUUUCUAAUGCCAAACUUGACACACCCUGGCACAAGACUCAGCGUCUUGAACAGAGUUUCAAAGAACAGCUUGCUAAGUAUGGAAAAGGUGAGAUUCCUGUUAAGGAAAUGAUCCAAAAGCUAAUGAAGGACAAAGUUAAAGCUGACCAGAGUGGUUUACCUCAUAUUUGCUCUCUUGAUUGGGAGCUUAGUUUGAGCUCCAUUUUUGUUGAAGUACAAACCCCACUGGGUCUUUAUGGCACAAGGAGCAGUGCUGCAUUAGUUAUAAGAUCAAGUGGGGAAGCAAGUUUCUUUGAGGAAUACCUUGAUGAUGGCAUUUGGAAGGAGCAUGUUGUUGAUUUCUAUAUUCCCAAAUUGAAGUUCAUCAAAGGACAAACAUAGAGCUAACAUCCUCCAUCCUCAAAAGCAAGAAUAUUAAUUCAGUUCUUAUAUAACUUCUACAUUUUAUGCUAUCACUGAGCAUUUUCGGUGUGCUCUUGUAUAGUUGGGAACUUAUCAAUAAAAUAAAAAGCCAUAAGGUAGAAGGCAGAAACUUGGCUAUCCAUAAGGUAACAGCAGUUUGAAGAUUUUUCUGAUCAAUGGUUCACUGAUCUGGCUCACUAAAGUGUGAACUUGUAAUGGGGCUUCAAGAAAAGUAGUGAAAUAAACCAAUAAAGAUCUUGUCCCUCCAUGGAAAGUAAAGAAAACGGAAAAAAUGAUUUUCCUUUUUUGGUCAUAUGGAAACAAUGACUAUCAACUCUCAUUCACAGUUGGAAAUUAUUACUUAUUAGGCUAUAACGAGUAAAAAUUCGUAGAACCAAAAAAUAUGCUCUCUCUCCAUAUGGAAAAUAAAAAAUACAUGAUGCUUGUUGAGAAGUUUUUAAUUUUGAUAUGGAGGGGUUGAUGAAGUAUAGCAGCGAUAUGGGGGUUUAUGGUAUUUUACGGAGAUAUGACGGCUGGGUAAAAGAAAUCGGACGGACCGAUUUGGUGGACAGAAAUUGGAUGGACCGAUUUCAGGACGCGGAAGGUGUACAAAUCGGACCCACUGAUUUGUGUUCCCUGUCCACGCGUCACGUAUGCAGCCUUCUUUGGUUGGCCCGUGAUUCCCUCAUCCAAAAGACCAUUGAUUCUCCCCUCCCAGCAGUAUACCUUUCUUCAACACACACUCAACCCCACCACUUUCUUCCUUUAUUACUAUUGUUGGACCACAACAAACCUUCAAAAAAAUUUAAAGAAAAUGUCAAAAAG